CACGGGCGCGAGCCAUGGAACGAGCUUGCUGGACAUACUAAACGACCCCAAAAUGCAUUGCGGGUCUUCAGACUGCGCAAUGGCGGACUGUGAGGUAGACGGCCAGCAACAGAUUGGGUACAAAUGGACUGAUGCAGACACGGAGCGCCUCAUUAAAUGGCGGGCUAUGAACGAAGGAAGGUUUACCGGCAAACGCAAUGCUGCGAUGACGGGCUUUGAGAUGUUCAUCAAGGAGCACGGGCUGGAAGGUAAGGUCAAGCCUGGGUGGACCAAAAAGAAAUGGGAGAAUCUGAAACAAAAGUACAAGGAGGUGAAGGCAUCUCGCACAGUUGUGAAAACUGAGGGAGGAGAGGCCACUUCUGCACACUGGAAGUGGUUCGAUGCCAUGGAAGAGAUGAUAGAGCAAAGAUCAUCUGUAACCCCAACAAGCUUCAUCUUCUCAGCCAUGGCACCAAUCAAAGGUGAAGAUAUUCAGAUGCUGACCAGCUCAGUACAAACUCAGUAUUCCAGUCUGGUGACAGUGAAGGAUUCUGGGAGGAAGAAAGGACCCAUGACACCAAGACAGAGGAGGAUCCUGAAGUCCUGCAAAUUGCUAAAAGAGCAUAUCAACCAUUGUUCUAUUGAAAACAAUCUGGAUCACUUGCUAAAAGACAGCAGCGACGGUGAGACAGAGAGCAGACUGCCGUCCCAGGAUCGCGAUGGCGAGGAGUCACCGUCGCACACGGAGAACUCCUCCGUUUCACCUCCUCCAAAAAAACGUGCCAAAACCAAAAACAGACUGGACACGGACACAGAGAAACUCGCCUUGUUGCAGCACAUGUUGGAUAUUAUUCAGGAGAUGAGCAGAGAACCAGAGAUGGACUGCGAGGACUCGUUCGGCGUCACUGUCGCAAUGGAACUGAAGAGAAUACAAAGCUCUGCGCUGAGGAACAGUGUGAAGAGACAGAUCAUGACCGUACUUUACGACGCUCUGGAGUGUGAGCAGCCAGAUACAUUGCUAUACCAGCCGCUGCCCACCUCCCCAAUAGAAGAAUCUCACUCCAUAACUGUAGUCUUGCCUUAACGUUCUACAUGUAUAACAGUAAGACUGUGAU